AUGUCCUCCUACACAUCGUCUUCAACAAGAAGGCGACCCAUUUCGCGUCUCCAAGCCGAGGAACGGGUCCUAGACAAAAUUUCGAGAGAUGCCGAAGAACGGAUGCAGAAAAAGCGGCAAGCACGAGAAGAGGCUCGCCAGAUUCGAAUGCAUCAAAUGGAGCGGAAAAUUGUUGAGGACGAUGCGGAACACUAUCGCGUCGACGGGGCGAGCACCUCGAAUGGCCAUGGUGGAGCGUCGACGCGGGAGGAGCAGGAAGGCUUGGAGGACCGCAUCGACGAGAUGGAGGACAAGUUCCAAGAAGUAAUGAAGCUUUAUGCAGCCCUGGAUAACGAAAAAUCGGCUCUGCUGUAUGAGUGUGAGCUCCUCAAAGAUGACCUAGAAGAAAAAGAAGUUUUGCUAUCACAAUCCAACCGAGAAUCUCGGGAUUUAGUUAGUGAAGUCCGAGCCCUGAAGCGAACAAUCGACGGUCUGAAAGCAACGCAAGAACAGCUCAAAGCCGAAAUCGCACAUCGAGACUAUUUGAUACAGGAAAAUGGCUUCACGUUGGUGCAGACAGAAAGUGAGAACCCAGAUCGCCCGACUGAAAUUACAAGAACAGAUCCUGUGGUAUUUUCGGUGGAGACGAUGAAGGCCCUUGAAAAAGUCAUCCCAGGCGCCACAAACAUUGAUGAAAAAGUUCGAAAACUCGUGGAUACGAAUAAGAAAAUGCGAAAAGACAUCGAAGAACUGGAGCAGACGAUGCUCGCCAGACGCCAACGACAAAACGAAAGGGGAGACUCCCUCCAUAACGGCCACCAAGAAGACGUUAACAAUCUCAAGGAUCAACUCAAAGAGGCAUCGAAGCAGCUGGGAGAGUACAAGCUGAAACUGCAGGAGGCCGAGAGGGAGAGCACGAACAUGCAGGGAAAUCUGAUCCGCAUUGAGGGCCAGAUGAAGCGGUAUAAGCAGGGCUUGGAGAGCUCAGAGAAAGAGAUCGACGAGCUGAGAAAAGAGAAUCGGACUCUGAAGAAGGAGCUCCGCGACGCUACAAACUCCCUCGACGAGGUCAAGGAUACCAAUCGCCAUCUUCAAAGCCGACUUGAAAAACUUCGGAGCUCCCGUGGCCUACCCGCUUCUUCUGCCGAUAUC